AUGAAGUUGGCUACUGGCUACACCAGCGGUCUGCAACCUGGCUACCCCAGCGGUCUGCAACCUGGCUACACCAGCGGUCUGCAGCCUGACUACACCAGCGGUCUGCAACCUGGCUACACCAGCGGUCUGCAACCUGGCUACCCCAGCGGUCUGCAACCUGGCUACCCCAGCGGUCUGCAACCUGGCUACACCAGCGGUCUGCAGCCUGACUACACCAGCGGUCUGCAACCUGGCUACACCAGCGGUCUGCAACCUGGCUACACCAGCGGUCUGCAACCUGGCUACACCAGCGGUCUGCAACCUGGCUACACCAGCGGUCUGCAACCUGGCUACACCAGCGGUCUGCAACCUGGCUACACCAGCGGUCUGCAACCUGGCUACACCAGCGGUCUGCAACCUGGCUACACUAGCGGUCUGCAGCCUGACUACACCAACGGUCUGCAACCUGGCUACACCAGCGGUCUGCAACCUGGCUACACCAACGGUCUGCAGCCUGACUACACCAACGGUCUGCAACCUGGCUACCCCAGCGGUCUGCAACCUGGCUACCCCAGCGGUCUGCAACCUGACUACACCAACGGUCUGCAACCUGGCUACCCCAGCGGUCUGCAACCUGGCUACCCCAGCGGUCUGCAACCUGGCUACCCCAGCGGUCUGCAACCUGGCUACCCCAGCGGUCUGCAGCCUGGCUACACCAGCGGUCUCAUUU